UCGUAACGACGGAAAACACUGAAGGUGCGAAGGUGUCAUAGUUCAUAUUUAGUCUGCAUACACAAACAUCAGCGAUGCGGCACAUGAAUGGUUUGGGCGACAAGAUCGCCACUCAGUUGUUCAAGAUGCAAAAAUCACGAAGACAUUUGAGGUUUGCCAAUUGUUUAGCAACGUCUUAUUACUGGGUGGUUACCGUAGCUGUCGUUUACACAGUCCUAUUCGUGUCCAUGCCUGUUGUGUACAAAGAUGAAAUUUAUGAAUCACGGAAAACAUUCCACACUUACGUAUUUAUUUUCUCAGUAGUCAACAUGAUAUCGAACUAUUUGUUGUGCAUGUUUCACAACAGUUCUUACCAAGCUCGUUCCCCCGAUCCAGUACCCAAAACAUGGCAUCACUGCAUCACCUGCCAACAACAUGCCCCACCAAGAGCCCACCACUGCCCGAUAUGUGGGUACUGCGUUUUGAAACGUGAAGAACAUUGCUUUUUCAUUGGACGAUGUAUCGGUUACUACAAUCAUCGUAAUUUUAUAGUGUAUAAUUUCUAUGUAGCAGUUGCCUCUAUCUACGGGAUGGUCUACGCAGCGAUGUUUCUACACUACACCUAUGGAGCUUUCUUUUAUGGGGACACUGCAUUCACAUACCUACUACCGUUUGCGAUUCUCAGCUGGAUGUUUGGUUCUAUGCCAUCUUCUGUCUUUGGUAUAGUGUUCUUGAUGUACAUAUGUGUUAUGACGUUCGUCAUGGGGAUAGGUCUGUUCAUAUGGAACAUGAUAAUCGCUUACGAAGGACAAACUCGACACGAAGCAAUCCAUGAUAUCAGGGGAAUAAAUUACAACAGCUGGGAAAACUAUCGGGAAACGUUUGGAAAGAACUGGUUACUAUGCUUUCUAAUCCCUUCUUGUACAUCGCUGCAAGGAGAUGGGAUCAACUGGUCCACUCCAAAGAAAAAUAUAAAGGGGAUAUAGUACCAGAUAUAGUACGGCUCACAUGUGUGAAGGAGAACUAUUACUACUGGUAGAAUAACCAAAUGUUGCGAAUACAAGACACUUAAAUAUAUCUCUUAAAAUUACAUAAAAGUUUAUGCAUAUUUGCGUAUUUUUUGCCCUGCUGAGUAUCCACACAUGGAGGUUAAUUUAUGUUUGGGUAGCAGCAUGAGUCAGUGCACCUUUGAGUGUCAACAUGGGUGUGAAUCUUGAUUUCUGAACAACUUUUUAACUAUAAGUUGAAGUUUGUUUUUUAAUUCUCUUAAAAAACUAGUAAAUUAUUUUUAAUGCUUAAACCUUUCCUGAACUACAAUUGAUUUGAUAUGGUCACAAUGUUGUAUAUACUGUAUUGGCUCUAUUAGAAGUGCAUAUUUCUAUCAUUUUGACCAUAGAUAUACCUCUAUUUAUAUAAGUGCAUGCAUACUAAUAUGGAAAUAUGAUACACAAUGUAAUGAAUGUGCAUACAUACAGGUAUUAUCUAAUAACCCAAACAUCAGUGUCUAAUCACCUCAUUUGUGUUCAUUGCUAUGCUAAAUUGGUUCUAUUGGUUCUCCAAAAUAUAAUGUCCAGAGGAAAACCCUGUGUCACCAUUUUGAUAGAAUUGUACACAAUCUUAUUGGCUGAAAAUGAAAAGAAAAAAGAAAUUUCAGAGGCUGAAACUCAUUUUGUAUUUUUUGACAGUUUGUAGACACCGAGGAUCAUAUUUGAUGCCUUUCCAUGCAUUGGAUGAAUCCUUAAAUUACCAAAUAUAAUUAUAGAUAGUACUCUUGUAAAGUUGUAUAAAAUUCCCUUAACCCUGGGGUCAAAGUCAACUUGUCAAUUUUCAAAAUAAAAAUAAAAUCUGAAUUCUUUGAUGCCCAACAAAAUAGGUGAAUAAUUCUUUCAAUUUAUAGCAUUUUCAGAAAUGUUGAGAUUGAAAUUUGGUGCCCUCUUAGUGCUGAAGUUAAACCUUUUUUAUUCAGAAAACCUAUUUUUCUAUUGAGUUGGUUG